CAGGAGCGACAGGAGCGACAGGGGCGACAGGAGCGACAGGGGCGACAGGAGCGACAGGGGCGACAGGAGCGACAGGAGCGACAGGGGCGACAGGAGCGACAGGGGCGACAGGGGCGACAGGAGCGACAGGGGCGACAGGAGCGACAGGGGCGACAGGAGCAGGUUCAUCAGGGUUUAUUUUCACUCACAUUUUGUAUUUGAGGCACUGGAGAAACCUGAAGACGAGUUCAAUUAUAAAAAUGAUGAAACUUUAAUCCUCAAACACAAAAACACACAUGUGUGUCAGGUCCCUCCCCGUGUGUGUCAGGUCCCUCCCCGUGUGUGUCAGGUCCCUCUGUAUGUGUCAGGUCCCUCCCCGUGUGUGUCAGGUCCCUCUGUGUGUCAGGUCCCUCCCCGUGUGUGUCAGGUCCCUCUGUGUGUGUCAGGUCCCUCCCCGUGUGUGUCAGGUCCCUCUGUGUGUGUCAGGUCCCUCUGUGUGUGUCAGGUCCCUCUGUGUGUGUGUCAGGUCCCUCUGUGUGUGUCAGGUCCCUCUGUGUGUGUGUCAGGUCCCUCUGUGUGUGUGUCAGGUCCCUCUGUGUGUGUCAGGUCCCUCUGUGUGUGUCAGGUCCCUCUGUGUGUGUCAGGUCCCUCUGUGUGUGUGUCAGGUCCCUCUGUGUGUGUCAGGUCCCUCUGUGUGUGUCAGGUCCCUCUGUGUGUGUCAGGUCCCUCUGUGUGUGUCAGGUCCCUCUGUGUGUGUCAGGUCCCUCUGUGUGUGUCAGGUCCCUCUGUGUGUGUGUCAGGUCCCUCUGUGUGUGUCAGGUCCCUCUGUGUGUGUGUGUCAGGUCCCUCUGUGUGUGUGUCAGGUCCCUCUGUGUGUGUCAGGUCCCUCUGUGUGUGUCAGGUCCCUCUGUGUGUGUCAGGUCCCUCUGUGUGUGUCAGGUCCCUCUGUGUGUGUGUGUCAGGUCCCUCUGUGUGUGUCAGGUCCCUCUGUGUGUGUCAGGUCCCUCUGUGUGUGUCAGGUUGGUUUUCGUGUUGAGGUUUCAGUUUCUCGUUUUUUUUCUUUCGCUUUGAUUUUAUGUUUUAUACAUUUCAAUUUCUGUUGGACCAAUUUAAUAAUAAUGACCACAUGUGUGACAAGACUGUGUGAAACGGGCCUCCAACUCAAGUCCUGGUUCAGUCCUGGUUCAGUCCUGGUUCAGUCCUUGGUCUUGUUUGCUCGUGUUUGGGACUCGGAGCAGGAAGGUUCUGGGCUCAGAUGAAUAAUUAUCCUGAGAUUUGAAUAAACCAGACGAGUUUUAGUCACGAAACGAAAAAAACUAAAAAUCCUCACGAGUCUCAGAGUUUCAGAUAUUUUAUGAUUUUUAUUCAAAUGACCUGAGGCAGCUCAGGUCUGUGUUUCUCUGUGAGACUGUAGGUCCAGGUCUGGUCCGGGUCUGGUCCAGGAUCUUAUUUCCGCUCAUUUAAAAUCAAUUAUUGAUUUUGAAAAGCACUUCUCGUCUUCUUCAGAGCAAAACUCACAUCACAUCCUCCUGAAAGUCCGGAGACCAAACCAGGACUAAACCAGGACUAAACCUGGUCUAAACCAGGACUAAACCGGGUCUAAACCGGGUCUAAACCAGGACUAAACCGGGUCUAAACCAGGACUAAACCGGGUCUAAACCGGGUCUAAACCGGGUCUAAACCAGGACUAAACCAGGUCUAAACCAGGUCUAAACCAGGUCUAAACCGGGUCUAAACCAGGUCUAAACCAGGUCUAAACCAGGUCUAAACCAGGACUAAACCAGGUCUAAACCAGGACUAAACCGGGUCUGGAGGUUCUGUCUUCGUCAGUUCUGAAUCAUUUGGAUGUUUAUUUAUUUUGUGCGUUUCUAUUGUGGGACAUUGGGAUUGUAACCACGGCAACAGUGUAAUUUAUUCUGAUGAUUUUUUUAUGUAAACGAUGUUUUUAUGUCGAAUCUGCAUUUCAAUUUAACAAACGGUACUUUUCAUUUACUGUGAAAUAUUUGUGUUUUUAAUACGAUUCUGUUCAAUUUCACUUUUUAAACACUUCCAGAAAAAUCAACAAAGACUGAAAAUCUGAAGAAACGAGUCACACUUCAGAGCCCAGACACACAGGAGGGCACCUGACACACGUGUGUGACAGGUCCUGUGUGCUUGAUGCUCUAAACUCUUUUUCAGAUUCUUUUCAUUUGUUGUUGUUGAUUUUUUCUUGUGAAUAUUUUUAUGGAGAUGUCAGUAUUUUCUUAACGAUGUUUUGUACGACUGUAAAAGUUGAAAUGUAAAAGAUGUAAAUGUGUGUAAACUGUGAUCACGGCUGGAAUAAACUCCACAGAACCACACACACACACGCUCCAGCGGUUUAUUUAAGACAAAUAAAAGAUGAACGUAAGAAAAAUAAAA